CCCACUACUCCGAGCCCCUCUAGCACAACUACAGAAGACACCAGCCCCUCCACCGCAAUUACAGAAGACACUAGCAGCACUUCCACAGAGCCAAACGCUACUCCAAGCUCAACCAGCGCAACUACAGAAGAAACCAGCAGUACUUCCACAGAGCCACCCACUACUCCGAGCCCCUCUAGCACAACUACAGAAGACACCAGCCCCUCCACCGCAAUUACAGAAGACACCAGCAGCACUUCCAAAGAGCCAAACGCUACUCCAAGCUCAACCAGCUCAACUACAGAAGACACCAGCAGUACUUCCACAGAGCCACCCACUACUCCGAGCCCCUCUAGCACAACUACAGAAGACACCAGCCCCGACACAAGCAGCACUUCCACAGAGCCACCCACUACUCCGAGCCCCUCUAGCACAACUACAGAAGACACCAGCCCCUCCACCCCCACUACUCCGAGCCCCUCUAGCACAACUACAGAAGGCACCAGCCCC